GGCGCCAUCGUCGGUUAGCCAGCUGCGAACUUCAAAAACCAUCUUCGUUUAUGAGUGUAUUUCCAUGAGCAACUCGGCCGAUGCAGACGUGAGGGACAAACCACUUAUCAUUCCGACAACUACACUCAAGGAGUAUUACACAAAAUAUUUUCCAAUUGAUGCUUUUUGGGAUUGGCUGCAUCCUAAAAAUGAAGACAAUCGCUGGCCACGAGAGUUCAGCUUCACAUGCUUAGAUCGAUGGUAUCGAUUUGAGUUUUUCGAAGACAAACAUCAAUUUCGCAAUGCCCUGAUUACGAGGUGUCCCCAGAGAAUCGACGUGGGUGCGACGUACAGACUCACCCACCGACCAGAUACAUCAAAAGUGAUUGAAAAAAAUUUUCCCAUAGACCACGAAUUAAUCCUCGAUAUCGACGCCAGUGAUUUUGACGAUGUGAGAACAUGUUGCGAAGGCCCAAAUAUCUGCGAAAAAUGCUGGAAGUUGAUGGCAAUUGCCUGUGAAAUACUCGAUGAAAGCCUGCGAACAGAUUUCAAUUUCGAAUACAUUCUCUGGACAUUCUCAGGAAGACGAGGAAUCCACGCAUGGGUUUGCGAUGAAAACGCCCGGAGUUGUACCAGCAAAAACAGGAAAUUUGUUGCCAAAAUCGUCGAUACACGAACAUGCGGUUCCAUGAAGUUGGGCUUUCCUCCGCGACUACAGAGGGCCAUCAACAUCAUCAAGCCUCACUUUGAAGAGAUCCUCGUGGAGCAGAUGAUUCUGGAUACUCCAGAAGGCACCAACAAUUUGCUGAAGCCACUGCCACCGAACGUUCGUGAUGACAUCAACCGCAUUUUCGUGUCGUGCACCAAUUCCCCAGAGAAACUGGCAGCCCUCCAGAGUUUUAUCGAUCAAAUAAAAAUAAAAGAACAGUGUUACUUCCUCGAAGAGAUUAUGAUUGGCUGCUGUUAUCCCAGGAUAGAUGUCCAAGUAACCGCCCAGAUCAGUCAUCUACUGAAAGCACCUUUUUCAGUUCAUCCUGGCACUGGGAGAAUUUCCAUUCCUUUUCGUCCUGACAAUGUUUGGGAGUUUAAAAUUCCAGAUGUUCCUGUAGUCAGUGCUGUUGUAGGAGAGUCUUGUGAGUCUAUCGAAAACAAGGAGAUCAUGAUGAAGAACUUCAACGAGGCCAGGUUGCACUUUGAAAACUUUGUUAAGGGAAUUAUGUCGAUGGAGAAGAGCAUGGAGAGGGUUGGAACGGGUUGGAAACUGAGGACUAAACCUGAUAGAAUGAGACUUUCUCACUGGCUUGCCAAAUUGCCUGGACCCAAUGGCCUCCAGAAGACCUUUACAAGUCGAUCAAUUGAAUCUUUUGAGAAAUCAGAGGAUAUAAACGAUUUCAGAACUUUGGAGAGUCAUGAUGACAACAAUUUAAAUGCCCAAAAAUGCAAUGUUCAGGUUAUGCCGGUUGAUAACCGUCAGGUUUUCAUGAACUUGGAAGAAUGGCAAGGGAACAUGGUUCCAAGUAGUGAGUCUGGAGCAGAGGAUCGAGCGAGAAAAAAUGGUCAAUCCAAUUCGAAGUCUGGAUGGACACAUCACGUCAUGGACAAGGUUUCAAGAGAACAAGAGAUUCCAGAAGUUUAUGACGUUAUAGAUAUCUGCGAAUCGUCUCCAGAAACAUCAAGAGUCUCAGAGGAUCGAGAGAGCCAGGACAUCAGAGAGUCUGCAAUGGGUUGGGAGGAAAGGACUGAUGCCGGCGAGUUGGCUUUAGACAAGUGCAACGCUGAUGGACAAAGUUCUGAAGAUCAAAGAUCAAUUUUGGAGGAUGAUAGAACAUCACCGAUGGCAGCUGGAACUGCUGGGUCUUCUGAGGUAGCCUUAGCAGCAGGGGAUGAAGUGAUUAGGUCUGAAGACACUGCUGACAAUUCAAGUGAACAGUCUUUCACGUCUGGAACUUCAGUUGAAGAAAUUGAUGACGUUCCAUCGGAGCAACAGACUCAACAACCCUUUGAAGUCAUGAACGUCUUCACAUCAUCUGAUGAUAGCCUCGUUGAGCAGAUUACGUUUUCUGCCAGUUUGGAAGUCGAUAGCCCACCGGUUAAAAAUGAAUUUGAGUCUUUUACUGCAGGUCCAGGAAGAAUUAAUCGAUGUCCUAGCAAGAGAUCAGUUUCUCCUCUGACUUGUACGAGAUAUUCACCCAAGAGAAGACUGUUAGAUUCCCCGGAGAGUCAUGAAGUUGCCGGGAGUGAUCGAUCUUGUCGAUCAACUUUAGAAGAAACGUCCAAUUUCCAAUGGGGGGUAAAUCCCUUAUUAUGAGACGUGGAGGAAUAAAAUGAGAUUUUGUAAAUAGCACAUGGCAAGACAAAAAUUGUGAAGACAUGAGAAAUUUAUCAUGAAAAUCGUCUGCGAAUUUUAAUUCAUCAAAUGGAGAAAUAUAGCCUGAUCAUAUACACCUUUAUUUAUAUACAAAUAACUAGAAAUAAGUUCAUAUUCAAGUUUGUAAUAAAAUUGUUAAUCAAAUAUCCCUUUUAUUUUGCUCAUAAUUUUCUAAUUAAAAAAUCCUAAUAGUUUGCACAAUUAUCAUUGUCUUCAGGAAGAAAUAGG